CGACAUCAGUUGCAUUUGAAGCAAACCAAGCAAAGCAUUAAAGCACUUCGCUCAAUUUGAAGCUAAAACAUUGUAAACAAAUCGUUGAAUUUCACGUGCAUUUCAUAAAGCAAAGAUUAACAUUACAACGCAAACAUGAAAUCAAUUAUUAUUUUUGUGUCUUUUUUGGCAUUUGUGUCGGCAUCACCGAUACCAGAGAAAUAUGGCAAGCAAUCAUCAGCACUUCACUAUCCACCUCAUCACGAGGAGCACAAGCCUCAUUAUGAAGAACACAAACCACACUAUGAAGAGCAUAAACCCCAUUAUGAAGAGCAUAAACCCCAUUAUGAAGAGUAUAAGCCCCAUCAUGCGCCACCAUCACAUCAUGAACCAAGUCAUCAUCACUACGACCAAUACAAACCACCAUCCCAUCAUGAAGACUACCACAAGAAACCCGAAUAUCAUACACACCAACCAGAAUAUCACAAACAACCUGAAUACCAUGAGAAACCACACCAUGAUUACAACAAAAAGCCUGAACACCAUUUCGAAGAAAGACCACACUAUGGUCACGAAUCGCACAGUCACAAUUAUAAACCACAUCAUUGAGGCGCCAUAGAAAUUUCACAUAAAUUUGUCAAUUCAACGACAUCAGUCACAAACGCAUCGGCACUAAUUUAAUGGGCACAUCAAAACAAAAACAAUUGAAAUCUAUUUGAAUACCAUUU